AUGCAUAAAUUGGCAUCAAAAUGUAGAUACACACCGAUUAGAGUCUACUCCAGCGCCAGGCCCCUCCGGCUAGAAGACGAAGUCUUACCUGACAAUGUUGUGAAUGUAACCACGAAAAAUUUGCCUAGAUCUCGACCACAAACUCUAAAGUUGAUCGUUAGAGGAUCGCGAGCUUCAGAAUGGAGUCCAAUGGAAUCUCGGUCGAUUGUUGCCGACUAUUUACAGGUAUGCCGUCUUUAUUUGGUCUAUUCAAGUUUUAGUUGUCCAAACAUCGUCUCACCAUGUUAAUCACGACAACAGCGAUGGGUGGAGUGUUUAUGGCUCCAGUUCCUCUCAAUUGGUCCACUCUCGGUUAUUGUGCUUUGGGAACGACGUUAAUGUCGGCAUCAGCAAAUGCUUUUAAUCAUCUGUUGGAAGCACCUUAUGAUGCUCAAAUGAAGAGAACACAGUCGAGAGUUUUGGUAACAAACAGAUUCUCACCUUUGCACGCUGUUUCCUUUGCUGGGACUACUAGUGCACUUGGAGCAACGGCUCUUUGGAUUGGUACGUUGACCUUUUAA